AUGGGCAGCCAAGUUGAGCAACGUUUGAUCCCGCAGGCCCUCGCAGACGCAUUGGCAGAAAAGCCUGACCGCACCUGGGUUUCAUACGCCAUCAGCAAUAACGUUGCACGGGAUGGAUUUCGCAACAUCACCAUCCGUCAACUCGCAACUGCGGUUGAUCGACUAGCCUGGUACAUCGACAACAACAUCGGCAAAAGCAGCGAUUUCGAGACAGUCAUGUACUAUGGCCUCGCUGAUGUGAGGUACAUCAUUACCCUCAUCGCUGGUAUCAAAACAGGGCACAGCAUCCUUUUCUGUUCCCACUUCAACAGCAAGGUCUUCAACCUUCACCUCUGCGAAAAGACCAACUGCCACACUGUCAUGCGAACGGAGGGAGUAGAAGCAGUGAUUGACUCCCUUGUACAAGAAAGACCCAUGAAAGUCUUCCAAGUUCCAAGUCUCGACACCCUUUUGGAGGAAGGCAAUCCGCCAAAGCCUUACCCCUACACAAAGUCCUGGAGAGAAGCGUGCGACGACCCAAUAUCUAUCGGCCACUCCUCGGGAACUACAGGUCUUCCUAAGCCAAUUGUCUGGACCAACCGAUCCUACAGCGUCUGCGAACUGCACCAGGUUGUUCCAGACCUAGAUGGCCACCCGCCGUACGCCAAGUUGCUGCUUGAGUCGACCAGUGUUUACCAAACCCAACCGAUAUAUCACCCUUUCGGUCUCUUCACUGGAGUGACUGAUCCCCUUUACCGGGAGAAGAAGAUGGUGCUGGGGCCCAUCGUCAGUGGUCCGACUCCACCUGCCAUCCUUGAGCAGGUGAUUGAGCACGCCGAUAUCGAUAGCCUCAGUGGCGUACCAAUCUACCUGGAGAUGAUUGCAAAGUCACCAAAACUCCUGGAUUUGGUCGAAAAGAAACUCAAAUACAUCUUCUUUGCUGGGGGUGCGCUCAGCAAGCCCGCAGGCGAUGCACUGUCCGCUAGGGUCCGCCUCCAGAGUUUCUACGGGGCUACCGAGGCAGGACCUGCAUUUGGUCACAUUCCAGACCGCGAAGACUGGGCUUGGUUGUUGUUGAACGACAAGGAAAGUGGCCUCAAAUGGGAGCCGCGUGAAGUCAAAGGGACAGACGGCGUAUAUGAGUUGGUCUACGUGAAGAAUCCUUACACGGAGAAGCGUCAGCACGUCUGGUGGCACACCAAUAGCCAAGAUGUACACCACAGCAACGACCUCUUCACCAAGCACCCGACAAAAGCGCAUCACUGGAAAUUUUAUUCUCGAGCGGAUGACAUGAUUGUAACAAAGUUUGGGUGGAAUGUUAACCCUGUGGUUAUGGAAAGAGAGAUCGAGAGGCAUCCUGCUGUGAAGUAUGCAGUCGUUGGAGGUAUUGGAAAGCGGACUGUCUGCGCAGUGAUACAGCUUGUUGACGAUGCGUCUGUGUUGCCUGACGAUCCCCUGCAGAGCAUUUUGCCCAUGGUCGAGAGAGGCAACACCAUCAUGGAUGCCGCGGGGCAAUUGGCCAAGGAGAAGAUCAUUUUUGGCACGAAAGACAAGUCUUUUCCAUUGGCUGGUAAAGGUAAUGUUCAGAGAUCAGCGGUUUUGAGGUUGUAUGAGCCAGAGAUUGAAGACAUGUAUUUGCGCUGUGAGACCCAGAUACCUCAUCAGUGCAUCAUGUCUCUCACAACGCUGCCGUGUGAGCUCAUAGCAUCCAUCCUCGGGAGUCUGGAUGACUUCCAGUCUCUAACCGCAGCGUUGCUAACUUGCCGUCACAUCUAUAACUCGUUCAACCAAAUCCAUGGAAUCGACGUUGCGAUCCUACGACAACAGAUAACACCAGCCCUGCUUCCUUACGCCGUGGCUGUCAUAGAGGCAUCUCGUUUCCGUCUUCACCACCCCCGCGAAAUCGAGAGCGAAGCAGUGCGCGACCUAGUCGACACUCUGUAUGACGAACCAUCCCUUUUAGGUAGCCGCAUGCAGGCAAUGUCAGUUGCCCAUCGACAAGAAAUGUCAAAAAGGCACCAAGCGAUUGUUGAAUUUACCUCCAACUUUGCCGCUGAGUCUUGGGGACGCCUCCACUCAGACCAGCUCCAAGUUAUCACAAAACCAAAUUUGUCAGUUGAGGAACGUCACAACUUUUGCCGAGCGUUUUAUCGCCUCGAGCUAUUCUACACCCUCUUCAGGGACAUGUACAAAGAUCGCAGGGACCCCUUGGGCAAUACAGCACACGUCAAGUUCUUUUCAAGGAAUCCACCUUGGGAAAAUGAACAGAUUGGCUCUGUCGCAGAAUUCUGGGAAUCGAGGUUUGCCGAGGCCAGUACUGAUGUUAUCGCCCACGACGUACUCUUUGGUGAACUGAACGUCGACUACCUUCACCGUGGCAAGAAAAAUGACGAAAGACAAAUCUGGGCUCACCUGAACAACAGAUGGCAGAAGGAAUCCUUUUUCUCCGGCGUCUGGAUAGGCUGGGCCAAUUGUCCAGGGGCAUUGUUUGACGUACUUCGUGCCUAUUGCAAUGACGAUUCUGGGUCAGAAGGCCGCGAUGAAGGUGAUUUGCUAUCGAUUGUGUUUAGUCGCGGCAUGGACGAAGAUGCCGACAAAGGACCGUGUGAAGCCUGGUAUGCAGCGCAUAAAAGUCAGCCGGUGGGUUCUUGGCUGAUGCUCGACCACAACGAUUGGCUUCGAGACCGGGCUUACGUGCUGUGGGACUGGAAACGCAUACAGCAACAUCAACUACUGAAGCUCUUCGAAUCUGUUCCGGAUAGACAGGUGCAUCGUCCAGAGCCGACGACCGACGAACUGGAAGCCAUGAGUGCUUCCUUUGUCGUUCGCGAAACGAUAUUUGAGAAUGGGGGGCUUGGGUACUGGACGGGUAAUGGUCAUGAAGUGUUGUAA